GCCGCGUUUUCCCCCUCCUGAACCAUGACCUCAUCCUUAGUUCAUUAUAGUACCUAAGUGCACCUUCUGUUUUCCCGGCUGGCUAAUAUCUGCUAUCGCUUAUCUCUCCGCUCGCCGGCCCAGAGGCGAAACGGAGGAAUGAGGAGGUUCUGGUGGUUUAUUCGCAUGUGACAGCAGCCCGGACUCAUGAGUAAAGUUGGUAUACACUAGUGACGGCUGACAUGGAGAGCAGCUGAGGCACUCGGGAACAGGGCAAACGGAGUCUCUCCCUGCUGAUUUCUGCAUGGCGCUGCAGAUAUCUCCGCGUCGCAGCAUCACCCUCCCUCAAUGCAGCAGCAGUGAGAAUGAGAGAUAUACGCAAAGAAAAAGUGUGAAAGUUUGAAGCAGCCAACAGUCAAGACACCAUGUGCACCUUGAUGUCUCUUUGUGACCCGCGUCAGUGAUUUUAUCACUGAUCCACUGUCUCUGCAUUGGUUGUCGUUGUGCGCAGCCCUCAUCCAGAGAGGAGUUCUGGGCACCUCCAUGGCAGGGGAGAAGGGCUGUCGCAGUGCCAUGGAUAUCAAGCGGCUAGCGGGCCUUCUGCAGCGUGGAGCUGGGCGAUUGCUGGUCAUCGACAGCCGGACUUUCUCGGAGUACAAUGCCUCGCAUGUGCACGGCGCCGUCAACGUCUGCUGCUCCAAACUGGUCAAGAGGAGGCUUCAGCAGGACAAGGUGUCAGUUACCGAGCUCCUCCAACCCAACGGAAAGGUCAAGGUGGACCUGGGCCGCAGGCAGGAGGUGGUGGUGUACGAUCAGAGCACGAAAGACGCCGGUCAGCUUUCCAAAGACAGCUUCGUCAACAUCCUCCUGAGCAAGCUGGACGGCAGCUUCCACCGGGUGUCUCUGCUGACAGGUGGUUUUGCAGCAUUCUCAUCCUGUUUUCCGGGCCUAUGUGAAGGCAAGCCAGUGGCCACUCUGCCUAUGAGCUUGUCUCAGCCAUGUCUGCCUGUGGCAAAUGUUGGUCCCACACGAAUCCUGCCCCAUCUCUACCUGGGCUCUCAAAAAGAUGUGCUCAACAAGGAUCUGAUGGCUCAAAACGGCAUCACAUAUGUGUUAAAUGCAAGCAACACCUGCCCAAAGCCAGAGUUCAUCUCCGAAAGCCAUUUCAUGCGCAUUCCCGUCAAUGACAACUACUGUGAAAAACUCCUGCCAUGGCUAGACAAAACCAACGAGUUUAUUGACAAAGCCAAGGUUUCCAACUGUCGAGUCAUUGUCCAUUGUUUAGCUGGCAUCUCCAGGUCUGCUACCAUCGCCAUCGCUUAUAUCAUGAAGACAAUGGGCUUGUCAUCAGAUGACGCGUACAGGUUUGUGAAGGACCGCAGACCUUCAAUAUCACCCAAUUUCAACUUCCUGGGGCAGCUGCUGGAGUUCGAGAAAGGUCUGAGGUUGCUAAAGGCUCUGUCCUCGGGUCAAGAGAAGUUGGAGCAGUUGAAGGAAUUGUCAGAACCUAGAGGAGAAUCUUCUAGUGAUCCUGAAAAGGCUCGUCUGGAGGCUGAGAAGGACAGCACAGAUUUGGACACCAAGCUACCUUCUCCUUCCUCCCUCCAGCAGGGCUUUAAUGGCUUGAAUCUGUCGGCAGAGCGUAUCCUAGACACCAACCGGCUCAAACGCUCUUUCUCACUUGACAUCAAAUCGGUCUAUGAGCCCAACCACUGUCCUCGUCUCACGCCUGCACAUACCGAGGAUGUUCCCAAACUCUGCAAGCUGGAUAGCCCAGAGGCCGGAGAAGCUAAUGGUGUUUGCCAGUACUCACCUAUUUCUGUCAGCCCUGCUUUAGCUGAAUCUCCAGGCCUCUUUCCUGAGAGCAGCUCCCGACCUCGUUCGCAGAGGAAAAGCAAGCACAAUGGUAGCAGUGCUGGAGGUUCUCCCGUGCACUCGCACUUCGGACACUCACUCCCCGCACACAAAAGUCCCAGUCUUGAUGACAAUCUGAAGCCCUCCCUGCUGCUCAGCCUUCCCAAUGUGGGCACCGGGCCCAUGUGGACCAAGCAUAGAGACACCGUACAGGCCACAACCCCUGUUACGCCAACAGGCGAAGCCCCUUGGUUCUACAGCUCUGAGUCAAUGAAUAGCAACGGAGGUGGAGGAGGGGCGGUACACUUUCCUGCGCUGGGCUGUAGCAGCCUCCCUGGCCCAUGUGAGGCUGUGCGUCUGCGGGAGAAAGUGGGGGAGCCACGGGACUCGAGGGGCAGCUGGCACGAGGACGCUCCCACUUCCAGUGCUGCCGAUAAGCAGUUCAAGCGGCGCAGCUGUCAGAUGGAGUUUGAAGAAGGCAUAUCGGAGACACGUUCAAGGGAGGAACUGGGAAAGAUCAGCAAACAGUCCAGCUUCUCUGGAAGCAUGGAAAUCAUCGAAGUAUCCUGACAUCACCUGACCACCCCUGGGGACUUUUUCAUACACACGGACAGGCACCACUUAUGAGUAAGGAUGACUAAGAGUGGGCCUGCCAAGGCGGUGGAACAUUCAUAUUAGUUCAUAGGAUUGUCGAUAAUGAGCGGUUCUCAGAAUUGGGACUUUUUUUUUUUGUCCUUUUGAAGUCGGUGGAACCGGACGUAGAUUGAGAUUGACUUUGCUUUGUUUUUCUACAGUUUUUAAGCCAUAGCUAUCCCCAGAUGACAACGAGCUGAGACUGCAGUUGCAGAAUCCCUCAUUUCCUUACUCUAGAAACAGAACCCCCCCCCUACAUUCCUCAUAAAAGCUUUACCAGCCUUUUGGUGUAUUGAGAAUCAAGCAUGGCUGUUAUGUUCACUCUUGUUUCUUUUAUUAUGCUGCCCUGGACUCAGUGAAGUUACAUAGCACAAGGAGUCAGCACAGACUAAGCCUUGGUGGUACAUGCUUUUACUGGCUGAAUGAAGGCCUCUUUGUGCAGUGCUCUUGUCCACCCUGCUCCUGUAUCCCAGCAUUCAUGGAAUCCCGGAGGAGGAAUCAGGCAUGUCAUGAAGGAAAUGCAUUGUGGACUCUUUCCCAUAAUGUUCUCUGUCACUCUUUUGUUACCCAGAUUUCAGGGUCUUGUCCUUCCCCUCCUGUGCCCAAGUGGUGAUGCUCGAACUGUUGUGCAACCCACGUUCCUCUCACUAAGCAUGCGUCAAGGCUGCUGUUUUAAUUACAAACAAAUAGUAUAUGAACUAUACACAGUGAUUUCAAUGGACGUCUCGUUUUUUUUGUUUGUUUUUUUUGUCAUUUUCUUAGUUACGGUUUUAAUUUAUUCUACUGGUUCAUUCUGGUAAUGAGAAAUAAUAUAAAGAUUGUGGAGUUUUUAUUUUUCCUCUUUUUCAGUGUUGAUCUCUUUUUUUAAAGUGAUUUACAAAAAUACACUCACAAAACCGAUACGCAACUACAAGCAAUAUGUGUUUUUACUUCUUUUUUUUGUCCUCCUCUUUCUUUAUAAGGGAGUGCGGUUAUUACCAGGAAUUAUCUGAUGUUUAAAUGCACUUUCUGUUGCUUUAAGAGGGAAGUUUUUAGACGUUCUCAUUAAAAGGGUACCACAACGCUUUCCAAAAACCAUGUGUAAUCAUUGAUGUCCUGCGGUGUGUGUCACAAACUAAAGCAUUUGGAAUGGCUUUUGUUUGUCUCUCCAGCCUGCUGGCUUGAAUUAUUAAAGACGUUAAUCCAGCAUGAAUAAUCUAGAGUAAUCUAGAAGAAUAUGUAUGAUACUCCAGCAUUGUAAAAUGAAUAGCGACUCAUUUUGAUUUUCAUGAAUUUGAUUUUUGUAUUAACAAGCACACAAGACAAAAUGAAGGGAAAAAAAUGACAGGGACUCUAAAGGGGUUUGUCUGUGUCCCCCAGUUGUUCUGCAUAUUUAUGACAUUAUUUAUUGUUUGUUUGGGUCUGAUUGCGGGAGGAUGUGUGGAUGGAUGUUGUGAAUGACUGACAGAUGGACCCUUUGCAGAUGCUCAUAUAGACUGGCGUCUUGGAGAAGAGAUAAACCCCUAACCUUUUCAUUGGCAAAAAAAAA